UGAACUUAUCAGAAAGAAGCUGUGUCGAGAUCUGAACACUUGUGUUGUGGUAACUGUUACGUGACUUACAAAACUUCCCAGUGAAUAACUAUUGCACUUCCAUUAUUGCCGACAUCAUCCCUCCAUCAUGCACUUCGAGGACUUGCUGUCGGAGAUCGGAUCCUUUGGACUAUACCAGCGUCUCCUGUGUUUCUUGCUCAUCCCACUCACAACAGGCAUCGUCGGUCUAACCUUCUACGUGCAGCUCUUCCUGCUGGCGGUGCCGCCACACACAUGCCGUCAAGUGCCACCUCCCCUACCUUACCCCACCUCCGAUGUCCUCUUCCACGACCUCUCGAAGCUACUCAAUGAUACUACUCAUGACGAUCCAGUAAAGCUGCCUUAUACCUGUCAUCAAUUUGACCCCAACGUGACCUCAGCUUACCUGGUUUCCCAUGAAGUCAUCAAUGUUACCUCGUUGGAGCAGCUGCCGAAGCCUGGUCUGGACUGUGUUAGCGGCUGGCAGUAUGACACUUAUCACAUGUUCUCCACCUAUACUUCAGAGCACGAUUGGGUGUGCAGCCAGGCCUGGCGACCGUAUGUGGUGGUGACUUUAUUUUGGAUUGGCAAUACCGUCGGCUCCUGGCUUUGGGGAAUCAUAUCUGAUACGUACGGACGGCGGCCGACGGUGGUGGCGAGUCUGGCUGUGUAUGGAGUGGCAGGGUUGACCUCCAUCUUCAUCAGUAACUUCUACUGGUUUACAGUGCUGAGGUUCCUCGUGGGGACCUCGCACCACACUGUCUCACACCUCCCAUUCGUCCUGGUGGUAGAGUACUGUGGUCUGGAGAGUCGUGUGGUGCCUCUUCUCACACUGAUGAUAAGUUACACCGUCGCCUCCAUCCUCACUCCCGUCCUCGCCUACGUCGUCUGGGACUGGUUCACUCUCGCUCUAAUUACUGCAGUGCCUCCCCUCCUCCUGCUCCUAGCCUUCAGGUUGAUACCAGAGUCCUCUUCGUGGCUCAUAGCUCGAGGUCAUGGUGAAGCGGCCAAGAUCCAGCUGGCUAGGGUAGCCGAGGUGAAUGGACACCAUUUACCUCUGGAGAUGAUCACCCAGCUGCUUUCUGACGCAGGUGGUACCGGAGGAGGUGAGUCCGGCGACCAGGGGCGAAAUGAGGCAGUGCAAGAUGAGAGCAAUGAAUCAAGUAUCAUUCAAGCCGUCAAAUACCCAAAGCUGCGGAAGAAUAUUGUUCUGGUGUUGUUGAUAUGGAUGCUGGGCUGCAUGUGUUACUACGGCCACUGUCAGAAUACAGCACAUCUGGGCAGCAACUUGUUCAUGAGCUACCUGCUGGGGGCGCUGGUGGAGGUGCCAUCGUGGUGUGUCCCCUGGCUUAUCCACCGUCUGGGACGCCGACGGCCUCUCAGCACCACCUUCCUCCUCUCCAGUGUCGCUGGCAUUCUUUACGCCCUGGUCCCUGCAGAAAGUGAGUGGUUGGUGCUGGCGGCGGCUCUGGUGGGGAGAGCUACCAUUACUGGUGCCUACUACAUCAGCCUGCAGUACUGCCCUGAGGUCUUCCCCACCGUGGUUAGAGGUCAGGGAGUUGCCCUGGCAGAAACCUUGGGAGGUGUCGCCAUCUUCCUCUCACCCUCCAUUGUUUACCUGGGAGAGUGGCAGAGAAAGGCGCCGUUGCUGGUGUUCGCAGGAUUGUCAGGAAUGGGCGGGGUGGCAACUCUGCUGCUGCCGGAGACAGGUGGUGUGGUGCUGCCGCAGACCCUGCAGCAGGCAGAGCUCUUCUUCAGACAGGCUCACCCACCAUGCUGCAGAUUCGUGAAUAUGCGAAGUGAAAGCACAAAGAUGGAUUCUGAGGCAGAUGAUGACCUAUAGAACAGAAUAUCUGAUCCCGAUUCAAGGCAGUAUUGUAUAGAAAGCCAUGAUUGGGAGUGACAAGCCGAAAGUAUCAGUCCUGAGAUUACACUCAGACUGCAGUGAUUUUGGAAGCUUAUUAUUAUGGGUGGAAUUAUUACAUUAAGGGGAAGCGCUAAACCUGUGGAAGUUACAGAUGGGGAAAUGGAAAGCGAUCAGAGUCGAUCCAAGGAAAUGGAAAAGUCCAAUUCCAUAUUUGCAAGAGCCCCUCACGGAUAUGAGUUGGGUGGGGACUACCCGGAGUCUACCUGGAGGGCAUUCCGCUAAUCAACGCCCCCGCGGCCCGGUCCACGACCAGGCCUCCCGGUGGAUCAGGGCCUGAUCAACGAGGCUGUUACUGCUGGCCGCACGCAAUCCAACGUACGAACCACAGCCCGGCUGAUCCGGCACUGUCUUUAGGUAUCUGUCCAGCUCCGUCUUGAAGACAACCAGGGGUCUUCCGGUAACACCCCUUAUUGGUGGAGGGAGGCUGUUGAACAGUCUUGGGCCCCGGACACUUACUGUAUUUUCUCUUAGUGUACCAGUGACGCCCCUACUUUUCACUGGGGGUAUGUUGCAUCGCCUGCCAAGUCUUUUACUUUCGUAUGGAGUGAUUACUGUGUGCAUAUUAGGGACCAGUCCCUCCAGAAUCUUCCAGGUGUAGAUUAUGAUAUAUAUCUCUCACCUGUGCUCUAGUGAGUACAAGUCAAGUGCUUCCAGGCGCUCCCAGUAGUUAAGGUGUUUGAUGGAACAUAUACGUGCAGUAAAGGUUCUCUGUACAUUCUCUAGUUCUGCGAUUUCACCUGCCUUGAAUGGGGAUGUUAAUGUACAGCAGUAUCCCAGCCUAGAGAGAAUAAGCAAUUUAAAAAGGAUCAUCAUUGGCUUAGCAUCUCUUGUCUUGAAUGUUCUCAUUAUCCAUCCUAUCAGUUUCCUAGCAGAUGUGAUAGUGGCAUUGUUGUGGUCCUUGAAGGUGAGAUCUUCGGACAUUACCACACCCAGGUCCUUCACAUUACUUUUCUGCUCUAUUGUGUGAUUGAAGUUUGUAGUAUACUCGGUCGUAGUUAUUAUUUCCUCCAGUUUUCCAUAACGGAGUAGUUGGAAUUUGUCUUCAUUGAACAUCAUAUUGUUCUCUGUUGCCCAUUGGAAAACUUGGUUUAUAUCUUCUUGGAGCUUUGCCGCGUCCUCAAUGGAUGACACUCGUGCAGAUCCUAGUAUCGUCUGCAAAAGAUGAUACAUUAUUUUAUUAUUAUUAUUAUUAUUAUCAAAAAGAAGCGCUAAGCCAAAAGAUGAUACAGUGCUGUGGUUUACAUCUCUGUCUAUGUCUGAUAUGAGAAUGAGGAACAGGAUAGGUGCGAGUACUGUGCCUUGUGGGACAGAGCUCUUCACUAUGGCAGCAUCUGAUUUAACUCUGUUUACCACAACUCUUUGUGGGCGAUUGGUUACAAAGUUGAAGAUCCAUCUGGCUACUUUGCCGGUUAUCCCUUUAGCACGCAUUUUGUGUGCUAUUACACCAUGGUUGCACUUGUCAAAAGCUUUUGCAAAGUCUGUGUAUACUACAUCUGCAUUCUGUUUGUUUUCCAGUGCAUCUAGGACCAUAUCAUGGUGGUCUAGCAC